AUGGGGAUUGCGGAGAAUUUGUGUGUUAAAGUAGGCCAUAUUGGUUUUUUGGCCGAUUUUUUUAUUCUUGAGAUGGAAGAGGAUGCCAAGUUUCCUCGUAUUUUAGGCCGACCCUUCUUGUAUACGGCCGAUGCCAUCAUUCGUGUUAAGGAUAAGAUUAUUUCAUUAGAAGACGAAGCUUUGGAAAUGGAAUUGAUGAGUUUCUUGGACACGGAUGAAGGGGAAGCUUUGCUUUCUUGUAGUGAAGAGGAGAAAGUGAUGGUUGCGGACAUGGAUAAGAAAGGGGUUGAAAAUUUGGCGACCGAUCAUUUGAGUAGCUUAGAAGAUCCUUACCGUGAGGAACCUAAGGGGGAUGAUAUUGAUGAUGCAUUCCCGGAUGAGUCUUUAAUGAAUGGAAUGAUUAGAAGAUGUGUUGUGGGUGGAGAAACUCGUUUGAUUUUGGAUGGAUGUCACCGAGGGCCAACCGGUGGUCAUUAUGGACCAACCGUUGCUAGUAAGAAAGUGUUUGAUGCAGGUUUUUAUUGGCCAACAAUUUUCAAGGAAGCUCAAACUUUGGUGGAUGCUUGUGAUGCGUGUCAACGUCAAGGGAACAUCACAAGGAGAGAUGAGAUGCCUCAAAACUUUAUCUAG